AUGGAGGACCCGCGGCGCGACGCGGUGGCGGUGAUUGGCGCGCUGGUGACGCGACCGACGCUGCGGCGGCAGGCGGAGGUGAUUCGGCGGUGCUUCUCCCCGCGCGUGCGCUUCACCCACUUCCUCGUAGACGUCGCCAGUGGCGCCGCCGACCUCACCUGCAUCUACCAGACGAGGGGGGAGGGGGCAAGCGAGAGGAGGGAAGUGGAGCAGGUAGGGGAUGCAGGUAGAGGAGAGAGAGGAGAGGGGAAAGGAGAGGGAGGAGAGGGGAAAGGAGAGGAAGGAGAGGGGAAAGGAGUCAGGAGAGAGGGGAGAAGGGGGAGGAGAGUCGGGGUGUUAGACAUGGCGCACGUGGUGUUGCAGUACCAGGGGGUGCGAGUGCACCGCGUGCUGUACGACCCUGUGGAGGACGCACUCUCUCUCUACGUCACAGUCUUCACGCGCCCGCUCUUCAAGCUCGGCUUCCUCGCCCACUUUGACCUCUGUGUGCUGCUCGAGCUCGAGGACAUCCCACUGGAGGAAUAUCCCUUGCACGGCCUCACACCUCUUCCCCUACCUCCUACCAAGGAAGGCAGAACAUUGGAACCCUCUGCUGCCACACCAUCUGCCAUUCCUCCCACACCUGCCACUGCUGGCUCUGCCUCUGCAUCAGAGGCGGGGGGGAGCAGUCAGUUUGCUGGGGAGGAGGGGCGUGGGGCAGCAAGGACAGCAGCAGCACUGCCAGCAGCAGUGCGGCAGCUGAAGCGAGUGAAGUUUCAGAGAGACUUCUUCCAGCGCAACCCAGUCAUCUCGCACCUGCCGUUCAUUGGAGACAUCUACAACGCGCAUCUGCCCCGUCUGCUAGUGGGGGAGGCACAGGCGCGGCUCUUCAAGGCGCUGCGCUUCCUGCUCUCCCUGCUGCUGCUCAGGGAGGACGCCCGGGGGUUACUGGGCAGGUGGGAUGACGAGUGA